CCCAAACUCAAAACUUGGAGAAAAUUCGUUAGUUAACUCGGUCAGCUCAACUCAGUUCAAAUUCUCCCAAUCUCAACUCAGUAGCCACAGCAAUGGCUUCUCUCCACACAAUCUCCCCACACAGUCUCCUACCCCUUUCCAAAUCCAAAAAACCCACACCAAAAAUCCCUUCAAAUUCUCAUUUCGCCUCAAAAUUCACUCAAAGCUCAAAUAUUUUCUCGAGAAACAAACAGAAAUCUUACACCAGCUGGGUUUUAAACUCGGUUGCUCAAGAAGAGUUUGAUGUUAUACCAGUUAACAGUGAAGACAGUACAGACCAACAAGAAGGGAUGGUUAUUAUGAGUCAAGUAGAGAGUGAAAUAGUUGAUCAAUUGGGGAGUCAAGUUAGUGGCUUUGGAUCAAGUAGUGAAGGGCAAUUGUCCUUUGAGGGAUUCUCUUCGGCUUCGAGUUCGGGUUCGGGUAUUGAUAAUGGUGAAAUUAGAAGGGGAUUGGAAAUGGAUAGAUUGAUUGAUCGGACUAUAAAUGCUACUAUUGUUCUUGCUGCUGGCUCUUUUGCUAUUACCAAGUUGCUUACUAUUGAUCAUGAUUACUGGCAUGGAUGGACCCUUUUGGAGAUUCUGAGAUACGCACCGCAACAUAACUGGAGUGCUUAUGAGGAAGCUCUUAAGGCGAACCCAGUUUUAGCAAAAAUGAUGAUUAGCGGAGUGGUAUACUCUCUAGGGGAUUGGAUCGCUCAGUGCUGCGAAGGUAAACCACUCUUUGAGUUUGACAGAACGCGAAUGCUUAGAUCAGGCCUUGUUGGCUUUACAUUACAUGGCUCCCUUUCGCAUUAUUAUUACCAGUUUUGUGAGGAGCUAUUUCCAUUCCACGAUUGGUGGGUGGUUCCUGCUAAAGUGGCAUUUGACCAAACUUUGUGGGCAGCACUUUGGAACAGCAUUUAUUUUACGAUGCUGGGAUUCCUACGUCUGGAAUCCCCAGCAAGCAUUUUUUCUGAACUGAAGGCUACAUUCAGGCCGAUGCUGACUGCUGGGUGGAAGCUUUGGCCAUUUGCUCAUCUUAUCACAUACGGUGUAAUUCCAGUAGAGCAAAGGCUUCUUUGGGUGGAUUGUGUAGAGCUUAUUUGGGUGACUAUACUUUCAACAUAUUCAAAUGAGAAAUCAGAAGCAAGAAUAGCGGAGACGCCAGCAGAAGGUCCUACACAGCAGGAGUAGAAUAAGUGCAAAUCAUGAGGAGAUAAAUUGCUGAGUUCGGCAGUAAGAGUUGAGAGUUGAACGACAACAUCGGGGGAUUGAUUGACCUGGAAAUCGCAUGACAGGACGAUCAUUGUAUAUAAUACAUACAUAAGCAUGCUUACAUCUGUAUGUGUUUUUUAUUUCCAUACUCCCCAAUUGGUCUACAGAGUUCUACUAACUGUAAAAGUUAUAUUUAUUGAAUGUAGCUGCAGAAAGUACAACAUA